GAUGCGCGUGCAAUUUCACCUGGAAGUAAACAUCAAAGGUCAAGAACGUUCGUCUCGCGGGAAGACAAAAUGGCGGGUUCAUGUUUGUUGAAAAACAAAUUAGAAGAUUUUAAACUCAAUGCUAAUGAUGUCAUCCAUUUUAAGUUGGUUCGGAAUGAAUCUGAUGUCGAAGACCAUGAUAAGACAUUUAAAGCAGACAUGACACAUCAGAUAUUUGGAGAACAAGAAAGUAUAUUUGGUUAUAAAGAUUUAGAAGUAAAGAUGUAUUAUACAGCUGCUAAACUAACAACCUAUCUCAGUAUGUCUUAUAUAGAUAAAGUUACUCCUAAAAGAUUUGAUGGUCUUGUUGCUGAUGAUAUUAUACCGAAACUAGCACAAGAAAUACCCCCGGGUUAUUAUACUAAUAUUGAUGAUUUCCUAGCUACACUUCCUAAAGAACAAAACUUCAGACCAUUCGGUGAAUUACUUCAUUCUUAUAAAAUAAAAAAAGAAGGUGGAAGUAGAACGUUUGAAAUUUAUAAAACAGAUAUUGAAGCUCCCGGAUUCCGUGAAUAUCACAGUCGAUUACAGACAUUUUUAUUGUUCUUUAUUGAUGCUGCUAGUUAUAUAGAUGUUGAUGAUGAUCGAUGGAAUUAUUAUUUAUUGUUUGAAAAAUAUAAAUCGGAUGGUAAUACAAUGUACGCUAUAGCUGGUUAUAUGACUGUUUAUAAUUACUACGCUUAUCCCAAUAAAACACGACCUAGAAUCAGUCAAGUAUUGAUAUUACCUCCCUUUCAACGCCAGGGUCAUGGAGCACAAAUAUUACAGACGUUCUAUAAUACAUGUUAUGAUAGGGAUGAUGUCAUGGAUAUUACAGUGGAAGAUCCAUCAGAAAAUUUCCAGCGAUUACGAGAUUACGUUGAUGUGAAGAACGCAGAGAAAUUAGAUCAUUUUCAACCGGAAAAAUUAAAAUCCUCUUUUAGUGAUGAAAUGUUACUGGAAGCACGACAAAAACUGAAAUUAAGUCGACGUCAAGCUCGUAGAGUGUAUGAAAUACUACGACUUAAAUCAACAGAAGGAAAUAAUUCACAACAGUUUCGAGACUUUCGAUUGGAUGUUAAACGAAGAUUGAAUGCACCAUUUACGAAAAAUCGACGUGAUUUCCAGAAAUUGAAGAAAGCCUUAAAUCCACAAGAAAUAGACGAGACACUGACAGUAAGUGAAGAGAAGCGGAUGGAAUAUUUAGAGAAAAGUUUCGAGGAGCAUGUCGACAUGUAUCGACAAGUUUUAGAUCGAAUUGCUGCUGGAUAUUAAAAAAAAUUAGUCUCAUUUUAAUUUAUCAUACAUUUGAAACAAGACAUUGUCAUGAAAAACAUUUGUUUGAAUGAAAUUUAGUGCUUAUUGAUAAUUUAUUUCUGGUCUUAAAGACUGUGCAUCGUAUGUCUUUUUGGGGAAAAUGUCUAAUUUUCCAUGACUUUGUCUAUUAUGAAAUUUACUUUGAUUAUUGAAUAUUUAAUUAAGAAAACAAAACAAAAAUAUUAAUGGUGGAUAAUAUCACAGCUCAGAUUCAUUCUGAUUAAAACUUAAUUUGAUCAUUUAAGGAUUGAUUUACAUAUGCCCACAUUUUCAUGUGGACGUAUAUUGUCGUCGCCCUGGCCUGUUCAUCUGUCAGUUCACAUUUUUUUGUCGACCUAACGGGUCUAUUUUUAUCCGAUUUGACGAAACUUGAAAUAUAUAGCUUUAUGACCCAAAUAUCUUGUGUUUCUUCAGAAUUUGACGCAUGUUGGACUGAAGCAUCCUAGAUUAUGCCCGAUUGCUUUCUGUUAUCUUGUUCUGUAUCCAUCUCUUGCAAAAUGUGGGCGUAUCUUGCAUGGCAACCGCUUGUUUUGAAAUUCAGUUUUCCCAAUAUUUUAGUUUGCAAUGGAUUGAAAAUCCUUCAAAGGAUGUUUUGAGACUUUUAUGUUGUAGUCCAAAAAUUAUACCAAGGACAAUUUGUGCCAUUUACAUUUUUUGGACCAGGAACUGACCACUAUACGUUCUUGUUCUUCUUGGGGUGAAGCUCUUCAAAAUGCCUAAGGCUCUGUCAAUUCAAGUCCGAUCGAAAUGAAAAUUGGCAUAUUUUGUCUUUGAACAAUUUUGCAUCAAUUUGGUGAAUUAGAUUAUUUGAAUUUCAUCUAAUAACCUGGUCAGUUUCUGGUCCAUAGUACGAUCGUAGUUGUGUUUUUUCUUUAGACAGUAGCUAUUGUUACGACAAGUCAUAAAAAUAGUCCUCAGACUAUUGUUACAAUGAUACUUUCACAGCCCUCCAUCGGCGAAGUUAAAAACUGAAUAGUCAUAAAAAUAGUCCUAACCCUAACCCUUCCCAUCACUUAAUUGCUGCCUUCUGUUCUGAAAAUGUUGAAAAUACUGCUCCCUUUUCAACGCUGGUGUUGGAGAGAUUGGCGGCCAUUUUGGAAUUCGUUCUAAACUUGGCUCAGACUCAUCGUAACAAUAGCCACUUACUUUUUUUUAAAUGGAUCGUAUUAUUUUGAGGAACUAAGGGAGUUCUAAAUUUGAGAAAAAUUGGUGCACACUGUAUGUUAUUGUUGUAUGUUUUCUAAAGUUCAGGGUGUGAAUGUUGGAGGGGCUGGGGACUUAAAAAGACGUACCAGGUAGUACUACGUAAAUAUUCGAAUAAUUUCUCUAGCGUAAUGUACCAGAUAUUUUCAUGCCGAUUUAGAAAUGUCAUGUAUUGUUGUUGCUCUCAGCUGUUGGUCAUCCACAAUUGUUUGUGGACACACAAAACCGACUGUGUUUAUGAUUUGAUAAUUUUAAAAUUAAUACUUGUUAAUAUUAGUGAGAUGAAGAAUCCUAUUGAAUUUCAGAGAUUUCCCUUUGUGUUAUAAGCUAUAAAUGUACUACUACAGUAGAGAAUGUUAUAAGUUAUGAGGAUAAAAAUAUAAGUAAAUUUAGUUUAACGAUAUUUUAUUCAAUAAAGUGAAUUAAUCAGAGUGAAUAAACUGCAAAAGCUUUUAUAAGUUCUCUCCAAAAGUGACUUGUAUUAUACGAUAUGUCAUGGUGUGUAUAUGAUAAACGACUUGUAAUAUCCGACAGGUGGAGAUAAGAUAAGUGACUUGUAUUAUACGAUACGAUAG